AUGAUAUCAAUUAAUCAAUUAAAUCAAUUAAAUAAAUUAAAUAAAAUAAUAAUAAUAAGAAAUUAUUCCAUACUUUCAAAAAAAAAUAUUACAAAUUCAGUUAGAAAAAAUGAAGAGAAUGAUUAUGUAAAAACCAAACCAAAUACCCACAUAAACCACUUUAACAAUAAUGCAAUAACAUCGCCACCAAAACCAAAAAAACAAUUGUUUUCAUCGAUACAGUUUAAAUUAGAUGAAAAUGAUGAACCAUACGAAGUCCCAGAGAAUUCAAGAGUGAUUACAACAGAUGAUAUUUUAAUUGACCCACGUAGUUCGCUAGAGUACCUUUUUAGAGCAGACGAAGAUCAAGACCAAGAUGGCGAAGCUGAAACAACCCCAAUGAACAUGGCAGAGGAAUAUAUUUGUAGAUUAUUAAUCGAGGAAACAAAAAAAGAUGCCGCAGAAGACGAGUUCUUUUUUCAACAAAUUACUGCAUUACCAGAAUGGAAUGAUUAUAACGACCACAUACUAAGAGAAGUAAAGAAAUUAGAACUUGAAGAAUUUUACAACCCAUUACCAGAAAACAAACGUUUAACAAAUUAUUACGAGAAAGAAAGAAUUAAAAGAGUUAAUGAAAUCAGAAAAAUUCACUUAAUUCCAGUCAGAGAAGCAAUUAAUAGAAGAUAUAAAGAACUUGAAAAAGAGUUGGAUUUAGUUAUAGAGAAAAAGAUUUUAGUAACAAUGAAAAAUACAAAAUUAACAAGGGAACAAUUAAAAGAACACAAAGAUUUCAAAUACUUGUUUGACGAAAACUAUGAUCCAAAACAUGAAAUAUUCACCGAUAAAGACGAUUUAGAUAUAAUUUUAGAGGAAAUCAAUGGACCAUUGGAUUCAGUACCUUCAGUUAUAAAGUCUAUAGUCCAAGCCUCCAAAGAAAAUUUUGAAAAGGAUAUGAAAUUUAGAAACCAAAGAUUAUUAUUGGAAGCCUCACAAAACAAUGAUAACUUUAAUGAUUAUGAAGCAGAAGAGCUAUUAAUUAAAAAUAAACCACAACAACAGGCACAACAACAUCAACAAAAAUAUCAAAUUAAUGACACUAAAAUCGAAACAACAACACCACCACAACAAGAAAAACCAAAAUUAUCAUUCAGUGAUAUUAUCAAUGAUAAAUCAAUAAAAUCAAAUAACAAAAAUAAUUAUUUAAACAACGAAGAAGUGUUUGAUUUAAAAUCAAUUUUAAACAGCAUGGGUAAAAAAGUUUAA